AUUCUGAUUCUGGAAUUGACAUCGAAGAAUUCGGUAUCAACAUAACAAAUUCUUUUAAAAAUGAAGAAAACCCAUCUGAUUCUGUAGAGUUAAGUGAAACAUUUUCUGGCAAUGACCCGAAGAAUUGGCCCUCGAAAAAGAAAUGGCUGGUUUUGAUCAUCGCAACGAUUUCAGGAAUGUUAGCACCUAUUACGAGCACUGUUAUAUUUCCCGCGCUAAUAACGAUACAAAAAGAAUUUAAUACAAAUUCCAUGGCUGUCAGUUCGUUAGGUAAUUUAAUAAUAAUUGUAAGGUUGAUAAUAAACCCUAUAAAAUAUUUGACUAUUUUGGCUCAAGAAACUAGCACUGAAUGCAAAAAUAUUGCCACUUCAGUGUACCUAUUUUUUAUGGGAAUAGUGAUUCCAUGGAAUUUUGAGCACACCGAACCCUUGAUCGAAGUCUGGUGUGCCGAAUAUUGUCCAAUAGCGUGGGCUUCUUACUCCGACGAAUAUGCGACAAGACGAAAAGUGUACAUGCUCUCUAUUCUGACUUUUAUCACGGGAUCAGUAAUAUGUGCAGUGGCACAACGAAUUUGGAUAGUGAUAUUAAUGCGUUCUGUUCAGGCUUGUGGUUCUUCUGCCCUAUUGCCUAUUAGCGCUGGAAUUAUAAGUGAUAUUUAUGUUCCAAUUGAAAGAGGAUCUGCUUACGGAUUAUUUUAUUUGGCUUAUUGGAUUGGUCCUUUUAUUGGAUCUAUGGCUGGUGGUUUCCUUGUACAAUAUAUUGGCUGGCGUUGGAUAUUUUGGUUCUUGGCGAUAUUCGCUGCCAUCCUCCUUCUCGUGAUAUUCUUCUUUCUUCCCGAAACUUUUCAUAGAAACUCUUUAAAACCUGUUUCAGCCCCUCAAACUCGAUCGCAAUUUCGGUUUAAUCCAAUCACUCCACUAAAAUUGUUACGAUGUCCAAACAUUGCGCUUGUGGUGACGUAUGUGACUGUGGUAUAUACGAUAUUUCAAGUUCAAAAUAUUAGUGUUCCUAGGAAUUUUUUCGUAAAAUAUAAUUUAUCAGAUUCAGUUAUUGGAUUGUUAUUUCUUGCACCUUGUGCUGGGUUUAUAACCGCGAAUCUUGUAGGCGAAAAAUAUACAAAAUAUCUGAUACGAAAAAAAUUAAAUGCUGAUGGAACUUUUUCUCCAGAGGUUAGAAUACUUAGCGUCUGGUUUGGCUCAUUAUUAAUUCCGAUUACUUGCUUUGUAUAUGGAUGGCUAUUAGAGAAUAGUUUUCGUUACGAAGUAUUAUUGGUUAUAUGGUUCUUUUGCUCAUUUGGAUUAUUAAUUGCAUAUAAUUCAUUAGCAAUAUAUCUCAUUGAUGCAUGUCCCGGACAUUGUGCUUCAGUGACAGCAUUAAAUAAUUCUAUUAGAUAUUUAGUAUCUGGAAUUUUGACAAUUUUUGAAACUACAAUAGAAGAUAAAUUUGGUAUUCGUUGGACUUUUAUUUUUAUAAGUGGUCUAUGUUUUAUUGGUAUAUUUUUAUUAGUGUUGGUAUAUAUUAAAGGAAAAAUGUGGAGAGCGAAAUAUUUUACCAAAAAUUUUGUAGCAUAG